GACAAAAAAAAAAAAAACAGAGAUGAAAAUUUCGCGCUCUAUGCUCUGCUGUGAAGAGGAUUAAGAUCAAAACGCAAAAUGCGUGAAAUAGAAACGAAUAGUUGAAAAGAAAUGAAAAAACCCUAAAUUUUUUCAUGUUUCUUUGUUUUCGACCUUUCAUCUCCGUUUACAAUAAAAAGAAACUUGUUUGGUUUCGAGAACCUACUACUCUGUUCAUAUUUUAGAGGAGUGAAUCUCGAAAUUUAGGUAUAGUUUUUAUUUUUUUGUGGUUUCUUUUGGAUUAUUAAAAUGGCAAACUCGGGAGAAGUGGAAGCACAGUACGAGAGCGAACCGGAUGAGUCGUUGUUAUUGCGGAGAAGAAGGGAAGCGAGCGACGACGAUAAGGACGUCGAAAUGGAGGAAAACAAGAUGCCUGUACGGUUUAGUAGAAGUGUUAGAAGGACUGGUUGCGCUGAUGAGUCGGAUGGUGGCAGUGGAGCACCGGAGUUCUACGAAGAUGAUGGUGAUGAGGAAGGUUCGUACGUCCAUGAACUUGAAAAGCUUGGAGAAGAAGUAGAAGAAGAACGCGAAGAGGAAGUUGCAAAACAAGUAACAUCGACGAAACAGAGAGGAAAAGAGAAGGUAAACGAUGCCGACAUCGACCCCUUUGCGGUUCCAAGAACCGGUGCGUUUUACAUGCAUGACGAUCGUUUCGGCGGUCUUCGUCGUCGAAGUCGCGAUCAACGCAGGAAAAAGUACAUCUGGGAAUCCAAAGAUGAAUUAAAAUGGAUGCAUGACAAGUUUGAAGAGAUGACACUGGAGAAACCACAUAAUAAUGAACUGAAUGCCUUUGAAGUACACAGGACUUCUAAAGGUCAUCAGCAAGGUCGCAACAAGGAUAAUACUAAAAGUGGUGGUUAUAAAGCAAAAGAUUCCAGACCUCAUUCCAAAUCUGGCAGUAAUGGCAGUUCUUCAAAAAUAGUUAAAGGACGAGGACCUGUUAGAUAUAAGCCUCUUUUAAGGAGCAGCUCUGUAAAUUCACCAAUGAAAAGCAUGCAAUUUGAGAAGACGCAAGGAACAAGUUCCAAAACAAGUUCAGCAAGAGUAAUUUCAGCAAAUAACAGGCGGCAAUAUAAACGGCUCCUGGGGAAGACAUCAAAUGCUGAUUCAUCAGAAAGAGCAUUAUCAAUUAAGUGCAAGCAGCCUGCAAAGCCUUUUGAAAUGACUAGGGAUAUGGAUUCAUCUACAGUUUUCUCAACAAAGAGCAAGUAUUCCGGGGACCUGCAAAUGGUGUCAUAUAUUGAUCCGGCAAGUGUAUCCUUCCAUCGGUUCAAUGCAGAUUCUGAUUCGCUUCCCUUUGAUCAGCACCUUUCGGCAGCUAACAUGAGUUCUUACCUGCAAGCAUUUUAUCCUGCAAGUUCUUUUAAUCUUGAUAACUCCAGAACACAAAAAAGGAUGGUACUACCUGGAAGUAGAAAUGUGACGUUUCCUGCUUCUGUGCAGCCAAAUCAGAUUAUCCAUGUGCCACAAUCCAAUGAGUACUUACCAGAAAAUAUUGUGCUAGACAUUCCUGAUGCUAAGGAGGGAGUUAGUCUAGUUCCUGAAAAUUAUUUUUGCGAACAUUCUUUUCGGUAUUCAGUGCCUGGGUCAACAUACAUGCCUUAUCCUGAGUCAAGAGACCAGAGAAUUGGUUCAUCUCUCUCAAUACCAUUUACUCAUCAAGCAACGCUCUUUACUAACCAAUUAAAUAGAGUUUCUUCUCUGGCACAGCAGCCCAUUGUUCAAGGAAUGUCUGUUGAAAGUAUAAUUCAACCUUCAUCACAAGUUUCCACUCAGCAGUUGCAUUCAUGCCUUGGGAGUGGAUCUCAGAAAUUAGUUGAAGCUUCAUCUCUGAGUUUUAAUGAAUCUGGAACAUUGGGAUCUUUCGCAGUCUCAGUUCAGUCUAAAGUGGUGUCUUCGGGGACUGGAAGCAGCAUCAUUAGUCCUCCUCAGUACUCUGGAAUACAGGGUGACCAAAAGUUUAAUGCUACCCCAGUACUGCUUCCUGUUAUGCCAAUUGGGGGCCUGCAUCAUGGUAGACUUGGCAAUCCUGUGAUUGAUAUGACGUCCUCUGGAUACAUUGGUGAACCUCAAGUUCAUUUUAGGAAUCCCAACCUGACAUGGUUACCGGUUUUACCAGCUGCUGCUGCAGCUGGUGGUGCCACAUAUCAUCCUCCCUGUGUUGCUUCUGAUGGCAGCUGCUAUGGUAAUUUGACAACGCCUUUUGUUGAUAAUGCUAGUUAUGCAACAUGUACAUCCAUACCCACUAAUGAAGCAGUUUCAUCUGGAUCUAGUAAUGGCAGUCUGCUGUCUUUGGAGACUGGAUAUGUUGAGCAAACUGCAGAGCGAGUGAACAAUGACUGUGGAAUACAAAAGUUCAAGCCUACAAGGCAAGUGACUUUCUUUAUGUAUCUAUCUGGAUAGAUGUACAUGUCCCUGUUUCUUGUGGCUGUCUUUUCUGCAGGUAUUCAAGGAUGAACAUGAAGGAGUGAAUUGCAUCAAUUGGAUGUUUAUAAUCGAGCAGCUCAGAGAUUGAUGGUUCUCCAAUUUGUGGUCUUUCAUUUCUUAUAUCUGUACAGAACAUAGCCUGCUAAUUUUGUAGUUGAGGGAGCUGAACUAUGACUGAAAACUGAUUCCACAAGAGGCAGUUUCGAUGUUAAUGUAGCCUUUGCAGUUCAACUCAUAUACUACAGGAACCAUUAAAAUUUCGGAUUUGAGAUCUACAAAAUCACGAAACUCCUCUGCUUGCUUUUAUGUUUUCCUCUGUUUCGUUGAUAUUCAGUUCGAAAAAUGAUUUUUCUUUUGCGGAAUAUGAAGAGUGUCUACAGAGGGAAAAUAAGGAACAAUAUCAACUGUCACUCCUUGAAAACUAAGCCUUGUUUUCCUUAUCCGUCUCUCUCUUAACUCCUGUUGGUUUGCUGAAUCUCCUAUUUAUUUUUGUUUUUAAGAAAAGUUGAGAAGGAACAAUUUAAGGCAAUAGAUGCUAUAAUAGAUGUUAUCACUGGCGCUCA